AUGAUGAGGUGGAACUCAUGUAGGAGACACAAUCAGCAGUCUGGAGAUGAGAAUAAUAUAGACAUUCAGGCACCAGGGAAGAGAAACCUGAGAGGGGUUCAUUAUGAAGAUGGUAAAGAGACUCAGGAACUUGGGGAAGAAAACCAGGGUCAGUUAAGCAGUGAAAUUAAUGCAAGGAUUCACACACCAAACUGGAAGAAUCAGGAACACAUUAGAGACGAGGGUGGUGCAAAUACCCAGGCAUCUGAGGCAGAGAACUGGGGAAAAUUAACAAGUAAACUCAGUGGAGAAACUCAUUCAGCAGAAUGGAAGAAAGAGGAGCAGGUUGGAGGUGAGAUUGGCACAGACAUUCAAGCUCAAGAGAAGCCAAGCCAGAGAGAAGCUGGAGGUGAGGACAGUACAGAGACCUGGGCACCUCGGGAAGAAAACCAGAGUUGCUUAAGAGGUGAUAUUGAUAGAAAGACCCAUUUAUCAGAGUAGAAGAACCAGAAGCAGAUGGGAGGUGAGAACAGUACAGAAAUUCAGGCACCAAAGAGAAACCAGAGAGAACGUGGACAUGAGAAUGGUGUAGAGACCCAGAGAGCUGACAGAGGGCCCCAGGGACCAUUAGCUAGUGAGACAGAAGAGAGUCAUUCAUCAGGGAGCAGUAACAGGCAUCAGACUGGAGCAAAAAACUGUGUGGAAAAUCAGACUUUGGAGAAAAUAAACCAGAGAGAGGUUGGAAGUGAGGAUGGUGGAAAUAUCCAGGGACUUAGGGGAGGGAACCAGAGGCUAUUGAAAAGGAAAGGUGAUGGAAAGACCUGCUCACCAGAGUGGAAGAACCAGGAGCAGACUGAAGAUGAGAAUGGUGCAGAGACCCAAAUACGAGAGAAGAGAAACUGGAGAGGGACCACAGGGGAUGACGGAACAGAGACCCGGGCUCCUGGGGGAGAUAACCAGGGACAGUUAAGAACUGAGAUUGAUGGAGAGAUCCAGAUACAGCAGCAAGGGACCCAGAAUAAGGGUGGAGAUGAGAGCCAGGGAAAGUGCAGAGCUAAGGAUGCUGCUGAGGGCACUCUACGAGUUGAUUGUUCUGGGGGUGAGGGGCCCCCCCGCCUUCACUGGCUCCCGAUAUGGGGCCAUGGAACAGGAACAGGCAGUGGUUUCUGUUCCCUGUCCUGA